UGGAACCUAUGAUUGUUCUUGAAACUCAGAUAAGAAGGAUAUAGCGAAGAAAGUUGAGCAUCUAAAACCAGGGGAAAAGAAGAAGAAGAAGAGCCAUGGGAAGAAUCACUAGCUUUCAAACCAGUUACAUAUUUGGCUUCUUUCUACUUCUCGUCUUCAUGGCAUCGAAGAACAAAGUUGAAUCUCAAAUGGAGCCACCUCGUCCUCCACAUGAUGAAAUACAAGCUCUUCAUGAGAUAGCAGCAGAGCUUGGAAAGAAAGACUGGAAUUUCAGUGAGAACCCUUGCAAUAAUAAGUCGAGCUGGUAUACGCCUCCACUGCCAUCCAACGUUCCUCGGCCAAGGGUGAUGAAAAACAGCAGUGUCACCUGCAAUUGCACCUUAAAUGGUGGUCAAUGCCACAUUUAUACCAUCCGUCUCACAGAGCAGGAUUUAAGUGGUGUUCUUCCACGCUCACUCGCGAAGCUACCCUACCUCAAAGACAUUGUUCUCUUUAGGAACUUUCUCUCUGGUACGAUACCUCGUGAAUGGGCUACUAUGAAGCUGGAGUUCGUGUCAAUUUCUCAGAACCGCUUAUCCGGGCCAGUUCCAAGCUAUUUGGGGAACAUUGCAACUCUUAGAGUUUUGAGUCUUGAAGACAACCUGUUUUCUGGAACUAUUCCCCCCGAACUGGGGAAACUGGUUAACAUGGAAAUUUUCAUUCUUAAUGCUAAUUAUCUCACAGGAGAGUUGCCUACGGCCCUUGCCAAUUUGGUCAGAAUGAAGGAAUUUCGGAUUAGCAGUAAUAACUUCACUGGAAAGUUACCCAACAUUUUUCAAAAUUGGAAGCAACUCCAGAUAUUAGAGAUUCAAGCCGGUGGGUUUGAAGGGCCGAUUCCUUCCAACUUAAGUCUGUCGAAUGGCUUAGUUGAAAUAAGAAUCAGCGAUUUACAUGGAGAGGGUUCAAGAUUUCCAAACCUAGAAAACAAGAAAAACUUAAGCAGAUUGAUGUUGAGGAGCUGUAAUAUAUCUGGACCAAUCCCACCAUAUAUAUGGGAAAUGCCGUUGCAAACCAUAGAUCUAAGCUUCAACAAGUUGGAAGGGAACUUUUCUGGAAAUGAAAAAGCAUUACUCACGUAUUUGACAAGCAACUUACUCACUGGACCGAUUACAGAAUGGAUAAAUACGAGAGAUAGCCAUUAUCAGAUAGAUCUGUCAUACAAUAAUAUCUCUUCAAGUUUGGAGCCAGUUCCUUGUACAGAACAUCUGAAUUUGUUCAAAAGCUUUUCAGGAAGCAACAACUUAGGUCGACAAGGUAACUGCCUGAAGAACUUUCCAUGUUCUAAAGAUUGGUAUUCGGUACAUAUAAAUUGUGGUGGAGGAUCAACAACAAUUGGAGGCAUCAAUUAUGACGGGGAUGAAGAUUUAGGAGGGCCUGCAAAAUAUUUUCCUCUCAGGGAGACUUGGGAAACAAGUAGCACUGGACACUUUUGGGAUACCUCCGUAACAUCGAAGGACUAUAUAGCACAAAACGUUUCCAUUCUCAAGAUGAACAACUCCGAACUAUACACAAGAGCACGCCUGUCUCCUCUUUCUCUCACUUAUUAUAUUCGCUGCUUAGCAAAUGGAAGUUAUACAGUCAAACUUCACUUUGCAGAGAUAGUUAUCAGGGACAAUAGCUCCUUCCAAAGUCUUGGAAGGCGAGUGUUUAAUGUUUAUAUCCAGGAGAAACUUGAACUGAAGGAUUUUAAUAUUAAAAAUGCAGCAAAAGUUGCUGACACGGAAUUAAUUAGGAGUUUUAAAGCUCUUGUUACGGACAAAACUUUAAGCAUAAGGUUUCACUGGGCUGGGAAGGGGACAACUUCUUCCCCCAAAAGAGGAGUAUAUGGUCCUUUAAUAUCAGCUAUCUCAGUUGAAUCGGAUUCGAAGCCUCAAGUCUCCAAGGAAUGGAAUAUAAAGAUGAAAUUUGUGGUGGGAGCUGUAGUUUCUUCUUUGUGCCUCAUUGUUUUGAUCUUAGGCAUUUUAUGGAGGAGAGGCUAUUUUGGGGGAGGCAAGAUGUCAAGGGAACAAGUACUGAGGGGGCUAGAUCUGCAGGCCGGUUUUUUUACAUUGAAACAAAUGAAAGCGGCUGCUAACAACUUUCACCCUGCAAAUAAGAUUGGAGAAGGUGGUUUCGGAUCUGUUUACAAGGGUGUAUUACUUGAUGGUACAAUUAUCGCCAUCAAACAACUUUCCACCAUAUCAAGGCAAGGAGACCGUGAAUUUUUGAAUGAACUUGGCAUGAUUUCUGGGUUACAACACCCUAAUCUUGUCAGAUUGUAUGGAUGUUGCAUCGAAGGAACUAAUUUGUUGUUGGUGUAUGAAUACAUGGAAAAUAAUAGUCUUGCUCGUGCUUUGUCCGAUCCUAAUGAAAGCCAGCUGAAAUUGGACUGGCCAACUAGGCAGAAAAUUUGUCUCGGCAUUGCAAAAGGACUAGCUUUCCUACAUGAGGAAUCGAGUUUAAAAAUUGUUCAUAGGGAUAUCAAAGCAACCAAUGUGCUACUUGAUAGGGAUCUCAAUGCUAAAAUUUCCGACUUUGGUUUGGCCAAGUUCGUCGAGGAGGAAAACACUCAUAUGAGCACUGCAGCCGCUGGAACCAUAGGAUACAUGGCACCGGAAUAUGCAUUGUGGGGCUACCUGACAUAUAAGGCAGAUGUUUACAGCUUUGGGAUUGUAACACUCGAAAUCAUUGCUGGAAAGAACAAUUCAAAGCACCGAUCGAAAGAGGGAUAUGUAUGCCUUCAAGAUUUGGCUCUCGUAUUACAACAAACUGGGAAAUUAAUCGAGUUGGUGGAUUCAAGGUUGGGGACCGAGUUCAAUGAGGAAGACGCCAUUAGAAUGAUAAAAGUAGCUUUAUUAUGCAGUAAUUCAUCACCAACACUAAGACCAAUCAUGUCCGAAGUGGUGAACAUGCUCGAAGGUCGAACCCUAGUUCCUGAAGUGACCAUGGAUCCAAGUAUUUUUCGUGACGAGGAGAGAUUUGGAGUCCUGAGAGAGCAACUCCACCAAAUACAUCUAAAUGGCUUUUGUCCAGAUGCUCCAAGCUCCUAGUGAUGAUGCAGAUGCAAUAAUCAAGGAAAGGUUUCCAGUUUCUAGACAUGUUGUUUGUGAACACUAUGGCUCACAGGUUAGUAGCUCUUGUUCUUAGUUUGUACGCUAUGGUGUUUAAGUUGCAGAUGAAGUCGAGGUUAUGUAUGAGAUCGGUAUCUAAACAAUAACAAAACCGUCCUCAUCCGUGUGAGCUAUAGUGCUUGCUUGUUUCCAAAAGUAGGCUUUAAAAUAACCUAUAUUGAUCGAGU